AUGCGCCCCCUCCUCUUUCCAGUCCUCGCUGUCAUCUUCGCAAAGCAUUCUGUUGCUGGCACUCUCAGUAUUGUUGACGUUGGUAGCCAGUGCAUGAUAUGGUCGAAUGACAACCAUGGCUGCACGGGACAUUCGACACCGUUUAGUGUACCAAAGGGAGAAGAUUGCUCAAAAUUGGGCGGAAACGCCAUUGGCAACGGUCACGACCUUCCCAUGGUAUCGGUUGAAGCAUGCACUACGGAAAAGGGCCUUCCAGCGGUAUGGAUUUUAUUGGAGAAGACUGGACGGGCCACUUUCUUUAACAAGCAAGGAAACAUUUCGGCCUGUGCUCUCAGCGAUGGACUCAAAGUUGGAAGUAUGUGUGAUGCUGUGGAUCCAGAAGUCCUCCGCGAUUCGACCUUAAAUUGA